AAUCUGCCGACAAGUGCACAAGACGAAGAGGAAAAGAUGAAGGUGGACACGCGUGUAGACAACAAGAAGUACGGGCUUGCGGGUGGUAGUAAGGUGUGGUGUGCUGUGCACCCAGUGCUGCGUCACAAACUCACCAAGCUACGCGACGAACGCACCGACAGUCGUGUCUUCCGGCACCUGCUGCGCGAAGUUACUUUCUACUUGGGAUACGACGCGACGGAUGAUUUAGAAACGGUCCCCAAGAAGAUCAAGACCCCCAAGGGAGACCACAAGGGCGCCGAACUGUCGACGUCGGUGGCGCUUGUACCGAUCCUACGUGCGGGGCUGGGAAUGGUACGGUGGUGGCUGAAGAGCUGUUUUCUAUUAGUGGGGGGGCGUAGCUAAUAAGCUGUGGUAUUACAGGUCGAACCGAUGCUCGAUCUCCUACCGAACGCCUCAGUUCACCACCUCGGUGAGUCUUGACCCCCCCCCCCCCCCUUAUGGUGGAACAUGCUGAGAUUAAUGAUACGACACUAUUUGCAGGGAUGUACCGCAACAA